CUGAAGGGGGCCGGGAGACACCUCUUGCAGAAAGAAUGAAGACACGGCAGGAGUUUGGGCUCUCUGUUGUGGAAGCUCAACUUGCAGAUAGGACAAGUAUCCAUGAGCCCGAAGUUAUUUGCCAGUUUAAGUGGGAGGAUGCUCUUUCUACCUGGGAGGAGUCUUUGCUGUGGUCGAAGUACAGUAGGACAUUGACUGUGUCAACGUCUACCAUUUGGCAUAUAUAACCUGGGUCCUUGAAUAAAGACACAAACAGCAGCACUGGGAAAGUGACUGACACUUUGAUGAACAUGGACCUCACAGCUGAGAAUCACUCCAUUCCUCUGAGUGAUGGAAACAGCAUACCUUUGAUGGGACUGGGAACUUAUGGGGAUCCCCGCAGGACCCCUAAAGGAACUGCAUAUGAAUCAGUCAAAGUGGCUAUUGAAAUAGGGUACAGACACCUUGAUGGGGCUUUGGUCUAUUUCAAUGAACAUGAGGUGGGACAAGCCAUAAGGGAGAAAAUUGCAGAUGGAACUGUGAAAAGAGAGGACAUAUUUUACUGUGGAAAGUUGUGGAACACAUUCCAUCCCCCAGGAUUGGUUCGACCUGCUUUGGAGAAAACGUUGAAGACAUUACAGCUGGAUUAUGUCGACCUCUAUAUUGUAGAAAUGCCCACAGCCUUCAAGCCAGGAGAUACAUAUUACCCCAAAGAUGAGAAUGGGAAAUGCAUUUAUCACCAAACAGAUCUCUGUGCAACAUGGGAGGCUUUGGAGGCUUGCAAAGAUGCUGGGCUGAUAAAAUCUCUUGGAGUAUCCAACUUCAACAAGAGACAACUGGAGUUGAUCCUUAACAAACCUGGGCUGAAACACAAGCCUGUGUCGAACCAGGUUGAAUGCCAUCCAUAUUUCACUCAGCCAAAGUUGCUUGAGUUCUGCCAGCAGAACAAUAUUGUCAUUGUGGGAUACAGCCCUUUGGGGACAUCUAGAGAUGCAUCCUGGGUGAACCUAAAAUGCCCCCCAUUGUUGGAAGAUGAGCUACUGGCAUCAAUUGCUAAAAAGUAUAACAAGACCACAGCCCAGGUGGCCUUGAGGUUCAACGUGCAGAGAGGAGUGGUGGUCAUCCCGAAGAGCUUCAACCCUGUUCGCAUAAAGGAGAACUUUCAGAUAUUCGACUUCUCUCUUUCUGAGACUGAGAUGAAGGCAAUUGAGGGAUUGAACAAGAAUACUCGUUUUGUGGAGCUUCUCAUGUGGUCUGAUCACCCAGAGUAUCCAUUUCAUGAUGACUACUAGAUGCCAUAGAUGUCAAGACUUCAGCUAAAUGGGAUCAAAUAAGCUGGCUUGUUCACUUUGUUGCUUUUACAACGUUUUGUGCCUUUACUUGAAAAAUAAUUUUAUAUUGUACAUUU